CAAAACAGAAAAAAAUAUGGACUUUAAACAAGAUAAGGAAACAAGGAAGGCCCUGUAUUAUAACUUGCCGAAAGUAGAAAAAACAGGCAGGGCUUAUGCUGUUCAUAAAGAUUAGAAGCACCCAAACCAACUACAGAUAAACAGCAGUCAAGAAGAGAAGAAGGUGGUAGCAACUCACAGGUACACAAAGUAUUUGACAGUAAAUCUCAGUCUAUAGUCCUAAAUACAGACCAGACCAGAGAAUCAAGAUGAAGGUGCUGGCACUGCUCUCACUGAGCCUAGCAGCGGCUCUGGGAAUGCCGCCAUUUGCUCCAAGUGUGGAACAAAAUCCUGUCUUAACUGAAGACCAUAGCCCUCUGCUGAGAGAUGUGCUUCCUGUGCAGGGUCACGUGGUGGUGGAUGAUCCUGUGCCACAAGUCAGGCUCAGCUCAGAGGAGCAGCAGGGAAAAUUGGCUCUGGUGCCAGUGGACAUGAAGCAGGGUCAGAACAUGGUGGAACUAGAGAUCAAAGUGAAGCCAGAGUCUGGAGUGGAGCAAGAGCGUGAAGUAAAGGCAGAGAUUAAGGAGGAGAAAGAGCUCAAAGACGAGCCACAGAUUAAACUAGAGUCACAUGUCAAGGUGGAACAAGGGGUUAAGGUGGAGUCAGAGGUUAAAGCAGAGCCAGAUGUUGAGGUGGAGCAGGAGCUCAAAGCAGACCCAGAAGUUAAGGUGGAGUCAGAUGUUAACGCGGGGCCAGAAGUUAUGCAAGAGGUUAAGGUAGACCAAGAGGGUAAAGAAGAAGUUAAUGUGGAGCCGGAAGUAAAUCUGAAUCCAGAGGCUGAACUAGAAGUUGACAGGAAGCCAGAGGUUGAGACGGAACCAGAGCUUGAAGACAAUCCAGACUUUAAGGUGGAAUCGGAGGUUAAGGUGGAGCUGGAUGCUGAAGAGGAGACAGGUCCUGAGGAACAAGAGGCUCAAGAGAUGUUUCAGAAGCAAAUGAGCCUUGAGGAAGAGACUGAAACAAGUCAGGAGUUCAGUGAGAGGCACAUUGAUAUGGAGGGAAAAUAUGAUAUGGUGAACGGGCCAAUCAUGGAGCUGGAGCCACUGGAUGACGACAACAUGUUUGAAGACCAACUGAGCAAUACAGAGCUGUCAGAAGUGGAGAAGUCUGUGAGGGCGACUUUUCAAAAUAAAGAGCCUGCCAUUCAAUCUCUGUCUGAGGAGGAGGGGCUUAUGAGGGAGGGUGACUAUGUUUCACACGAUGAGCCAAUCAUGGAACUGGAGCCUGAGGUGAGACAAGAGCAGGCUUUGCCAGACUCUGCUAUCAUGGAUGAAGGGUCAGCAUUGGACAUUAUGGGUCAGCCGAUGUCGUCUUUAGAAGAGUAUUUACCCAAUGAAGAGGCUAGAAUGGGGAUGAAGCUUGGCACUCUCACCGGGGAACCGGGAUCCACCAGGCAGGGCUAUUGUCCUGGUGUUUUAUUUGGAGGGAAGUGUUACCAGUUCUUCAGAGGGCCAAAGAGAGCUGAAGAUGCUGAGUUCUUCUGCCAGGAACGCUUCCAUGGAGGUCACUUGGCCUCCAUCACGAGUCAGUACAUCCACAGAGAGGUGAUGAGCAUGAUACUGAAAGAAAAUGGAGCAUAUACACGCACUUGGAUUGGAGGACUACGAUAUUUGGAGACCGGUCGCUUUGUCUGGCUGGAUGGAUCACACUGGAGCUAUGCUGAUUGGUUGUCAGGGGAGCCCAAUAACACAGCAGAUGUGGAGGACUGUGUGGAAGUGCUGGCAUUUGGAAAUGGAAAGUUCAAUGACUUCACAUGCUGGGAGCCUCAGGCUUUCAUCUGCUCCUUUCCUUAUCAGUGAAUAUGCAGGAGCUGCUCUCCCAUAUGCUUCUAUGUCUGAUAUGAUGUUUGAGUUUGUUGCUUUUAUAGGUUAAAAUCACAUCUUGGAAAGUAACUGAACAAAUCAUACACUGAAAGGACUAUGCCACAAUUUAUCAACAUAUAUAUAUCAAAAAAUGAGGACUUUUAAGCAUGUUGUGUAUUCUAUUCAAAUAUGGGUUUUUGAUAACAAGCUAAUAUCCUGUACAUAAACUCUUAUGAAAAAAGUAUAUAUGAAAUUGCACCUAAUUUAGGUGUAGUUAGUGUAUGUCCAUAUGUACUAUAUAUAUAUAUAUAUAUAUAUGUUUGUUCUUGCACAUUAGCUUAGCACAUCCUAUUAGGUAUGCCAAGUAAACACCAGAUAUGUAGAAAAUAUAAGUAGGUGACAAAUUAAUCUUUCAGUUUUGAAUCUUUAAGCGCUCUAUUUUUGAUACACCAGCAAUGUACUUGUAUUAAUCACAUACAAUUAAUUCAAACAUACUGAAAUAUACCUUGAGACCCAAAUAAAGUGGGCUAUAAUGUUGUGGUGCUGUUGAACUGUUUUGUAUUACACAGAGAGGCGUUUCUAUCAUUUACUCCUCAUUCACUGGACCGAUCUGUCAGGAUAACGUAAUGCAGUUGAACAGCACCACAAACUACAUCCUUCAAAAUGCAAAAUUUAAACAAAAACUAAACAUAAUAGCCCUCAUGAAGGCAGGAUUUGAUACAGGAAUGUUCAACAAGGGAUGUAUGCUACAUAUUCCUUCUCAGUCAGAGCAACACUGGUGGCCUGCAGCAUGAGGCAGUUUUUGAGGUUUAGGUGGUUCAUCAGGAAACACUAAAGCAGCCAUCAGUCCUUUAGGUGUGUCUACACCCCCAGUCCCUCCAGAAUCCAUAUAUGGCAGCCCAUCCUGACACAACCCAAAAAAGCUUUCGGGGCAAUAAAGGCUGUUC